CGCAGCGCUCCAAGCCGGGCGAAGGAGAGCGACCGCCGGCAUGAAGAUCGAGUUCGCUCCGAUGAACGUUCCGCUGCGGAGGAGGUUAGGAGGUUCUACAGUGGAUGUUCUCCUUCCUGGCUCUAGGUGUUCUGGUGGCGGGGGGGCGUUUGGUAACUUCUGUACGGAGUCGACAGGUUUCUCUCGUCUGUUUCCUGGUUUGACGUCUCACCUGCUGAUGUUGCCGUUCUGGUUCAGAGUCCCUCUGUUCAGAGAAUACAUCAUGAGUGGAGGUCUGGUGUCGAGCUCUAAGUCCAGCCUGUCCUACCUGCUGGUUCCAGUUUUUUCUUUUGGAGAAAACGAGUUGUUUGAUCAGAUAAAGAAUCCUUCAGGUUCCAAUCUGAGGAUGCUGCAGAACCAGCUGCAGAGCAUCAUGGGAUUUGCAGUUCCUCUGUUUCAUGCCAGAGGAGUUUUCCAGUACAGCCUCGGCCUGAUGCCGUACAGGAAGUCCAUCCACACCGUAGUGGGAAAACCGAUCUCGGUCGCCCAGACUCCUUGUCCCAGCAGCGAGGACAUCGAGAGUCUUCAUCAAGUUUAUCUGACGUGUCUCAAAGACCUGUUCGAGCAAAACAAACACACCUACGGCUUCAACGACGACCAGCACCUCACAUUCAAAUGACCUUCACAUGACACGUGUGUCACAUGUAAUCACACUUCAAACCUAGGGGUACCCAGAAUGCCUUGCGAAUCACCAGCAAGCUGGGAGAGAGACCCACAAAUGUAGUAUUUUCUCCAUUAAUAAAGAUUUUAAAAUUACGAUAA